AUGUGGAAGGCCUCAACUUGGAGGGCUGGCUAUGGCUGGGAAUUCCUCCACCAUUACGAAUUCGUUGCUUGCUGCUGCUGCCGUCUUUGCUUGCUUGCAGCUCCAUCUGCCAUGCAUCACGAUUCACCGCAGCCCACCACCACCACCACCACCAUCCAGCUGCUGUCUCCCGUGUUCCAAUUCCAUAUCCCAUGUGCCAAAUGGCCCAGUGCCUGUUUGACCGUCUCUGAUCUUCUUCUCUCUGUCAAUCUCAUGCAGGACCGUGUUGCAACUACCAAACUUGCGUCUAGCCACCACUGCCUCGCACCGCAACUUUACGCGUUUUCCCAGUUCGAGAAACACCAGUCUGGAGCCCUGGACGUCAGUACAUCAGUACUCCGUAGUCUCGCUGUCAUCCUCGCGCCCGCCCGCCCCUCCGUCGCUAGUACCCGGUCUUCUUCCAAGUUUCCCGUAGACUCGGCGUUGGUUGUUGUAGUUGUGGGUGUGAUGGAGACAAUCAACCCUAACUAUCCGUUUCAAACGCCGCAUCUCCACGACCAAGAGGACAACAACAACACCAAACCGCCGUCUAUGCCUGUGCCUCGCUUUUGCCAGAAUGAGCCUGAUUCUUUCCCCCAUGCCAUGCCACUCGUCCAAAGCAGCACACGUACGGGCAGCCGGUUCAGCUUCUGUCACAAAUCGCUGACUGUCGAUGGCACUCUGUCUGUCACGCCCCGUCUACCCAGACGGCCGCUCGCUUUGGACGAAAUUAUGGCAAAGAGAGACAGCCGGCACACCUCUACCGUACGGCAGUAUUGGGAGCCCAGAAGCAUGUGCCUCUCCCGCACACCAUGUUCUAAAUCUCACCGGCGCAUAGUCACGGCACUGCUCUCCCGCCUACUGGUAGAAUCCCCCUCCAAGUCCCAAGUUGUCUCUGGGCUGCCUCCUUCCCAAAGUCGAAAUUCAAACUUCCAUUGCAUUAUGGCCCAGAAUCUCGAGAAGAAGAAAAAACAAUACAAUUGUGGCGCUGUGCCUUGGAGGUGA